UUCAGAUUUAUGCUUAACCCAAUCCCAAUUUUGUAUUUGGUGCCCUAAAUCAAAAUUCAAAAAAAUUCUAUUCAUCGGUUCACUUUUUUCACCCUCACCGCGCAGCUACCGUCGGCGACCAACAGAACAGCGGCGCAGCCACCGUCGGCGACCAUCAGGGCAGCGGCGUAGAAACCGUCGGCAACCAGAAGGGCAGCGGUGCGUGUAUUUCUCAUUCUAACUCGUCUCUCAGUCCCUCUUCUCAGAGCUGUUUUGGCUGCCAUUUUCAAGUGCUCUUAUUGAAUAUAUACCAUCAUUAUGGAUGCUCCGAAUGAACUGAGCUACAAACCACCAUCAGAAUUUGAGGAGGUCAAAAAGGAUUCACUUGUCAAUCUUAACAUUUCAGACUCAACUGAGCUCUGGCUUAUACAGUGGCCCUUUAAUCAACAUCCAGGUCUUGAUGGGCAAGAAGUUUCAUUGAAGCUCCAUCAUGAUGGGCAUAUCGGCAGUUUUGAGGAUUCAUCUGGUAAAUCAUAUGAGGUGGUCAGUUGUAGAGCGCAGGACCCCGAUGCGUUGGUCUUUCUAUCAUCUGAUUCUGAGCCAAAAAUUGCUGGCAAAAUUUCGCGGCGUGUUUCCCUUGUCCAUUAUCCGGAACCAAGUGAGCUUAAACAGAACAGCAUAAACUUGAAGCAGAUGAUGGCUCAGAGAUCGUCUGGUACUACAUUGACCAAUUCAUCUCGUCGCUUUGCAACUCCUAGUCAAAGUACUAGGACACGGAGUAUUAUGCGAUCGGAGAGUUCAUCCAAAUCUACCAAGAGAAAACACAGUGAUGGCGGCCCUGCAAAAUCCAAUAACCAAUCUGUUCAAGAUUCAGGCAAAAGUGGUCGUAGUGCAUUAACCUCUUCAGGAUCCUUCGAUCACUCUCAAGAUCAAAAAUCAAAGAAGAAGCGGAAAAUUGAUGGUUGAAGUGCUUCCUCUUAAGUGUUCUGAAUCGAAUUCUUUUUGGUUAAAGAAUCUCUUUCUAGUUGCGCUAGUACAAAUUGAGCGCUUUAACCAUUCAGCCAUGAACUCGAACACGUCCUUAUUUUCUCUCUUAUAUUACUUCUAGAACAAGUGUGUGAGGUUUUUGCGCCAUAGCUUGUGUGCCUUGUUAAUCCCCCCAAUGAUGGGACCAAUAUUUAAUCUAAGUAUCAAAUGUUAUAUACCUUUGUUUUAAAAUUGUUUUAAUAUAUGUAUUAGUUGUACUCUUUAUUCA